AUGGAUGAUGAUGAUUACUACCAGCUUGACACCUCCAAUAUAACCUUCAUCAACACCUUAUGGCUUGUACGGGAACCAGACUUCAUUAUAGAAAAAGUGGCGCUAUUUUUGCCGUUGGUAGUGCUGGGGAUUGCUGGAAAUACCCAAGUGAUCUACAUAAUCACUAAAAAUGUGCACCUUCAAACUCCCACAAACCUGCUGAUAGCCAACAUGGCCGUAGCUGAUUUACUUUCGCUGCUAUUUCAUCCAUGGGUGUUUAUAACGUACGACGUUUUUCAGAAUUAUCAGCUAGGUUUGAUUGGGUGCUAUGGAGAGGGAGCCUUGGAAUGUAUAACAAUAUUAUUAAUUAAUUAA